ACUGCAGUGCAGUGUUUAGGAAAAUGUCGUUAACCCUACGUGUCCGGUACCCAGCCGGUCAGGGGGUUCUUAAAGAUAUAAACCCUACAGACACAAUUCAGAAACUUAUUACACAGAGUUUUGAUGUUUUGGGAAUAGAGAACUCAAAUAGUGAUCACUUAAAGAUAUUGUCAGGAUUUCCCCCCAAACCUCUUGAUAUAUCAGACCGCCAGAUAUCUAUAGGUUCUACAGAAAUCAAAUCCGGAGAUACAUUAAUAUAUCAGUUUGAUAAACCUGGGAUAGGGACAGGAGAUACUGUAGUUCAACCGACAAAAGAGAAGGAACCUCAAUCCAAUGGAAUGGUUUUUGGUGGUUCUGCAUCAGCGGUUGGUGGGACAAAGCAUAGUGGGCCAACUCCGGAUGAGGGACGUAAACGACUAAAAGCGGACUCAGAUGUAGAACUUAAAAGACAAGUUGUGCCAGCCGAUAACAGCUGUCUGUUCACUUCCAUUAACUUCUGUAUGUCCGGGGAGGUUGUGAAGAGUGAGCAUUCUGUGUUUAUGAGAGAGAUUAUUGCUACAACAGUUGCUGGAGACCCUGAAAAAUAUUCAGAACCGUUCCUAGGACAAACUAAUGAAAGAUACUGUGCUUGGAUCCAGGGGAAGGAUGCUUGGGGUGGAGGAAUAGAACUACAGAUACUAGCAGAAUACUUCCAAGUUCAGAUUGUUGUCGUUGACACCAAGUCAGGUUGUCUCACCAAGUUUGGAGAAACUGGGAACUUUUCACAGAUGAUGAUACUAAUCUAUGACGGAAUCCAUUAUGAUGCUCUCUACCUUCCUUCCUCACAGAGCAAACGAUCUGUAUUUAAUACCUCGGAGAAUAGCAUUCUUGAGAGUGCUCUGAAACUAGCUGAGAAGGAGAAACUGGCACACAACUACACUGAUACUGCGGGGUUCACUCUCAAGUGUCUGGUAUGCGGUCAUAGAAUGAUGGGAGAAAAAGAGGCUCAAUCUCAUGCCCAGUCUACCAAGCACACUAAUUUCUCAGAAAUUUAGGCUUAGUUUGCAGCAUCAACAUAUAAUGAUGAUAUUAAAACGCACAAAGAUCUUCUUAAGCUUCUGGCAAUGUAUAAAUUGGAAUUGGAAAAUUUUUUGUGGUGAAUUUGAGCACACCUUGAAUUCGGACUUAUCCUUAAAACAUUCCUUUGAGCUGUUGAUAAUACUGCUGCUUUUUUUAUAUACUUGGUUGGUUUACUUUCAUCUCUCAUCCUUUGGAUCUCAAUUCUUAAAGAUUUUGUCUUUGCUAAGUUCUUUUACUUUUGGAAAGAUAAACUUCCCAGCAAGUUUUUUGUAUACUUAUUUUAAUCCAUUGUACAUGAUUUAAAAUAUAAAAUGAAAAGGGGGAAAGAUAAAAAAUGAUUUCUGAAUAACUGUGUAUUUUUAUUGAAGAACCCACAGGCGAAAAUGUCAUUAAAAAAUAUGGUAUUUCAAUAUUUGCUUAUAAUCAAAACACCUUUUACUUCUUCAAUUAAGCUUUGUUUACCAUUCCUACUUAUCAAUUUGAUUAUUUUGCAAAAAAAAGGUAUGUUAAAUUCUAGUUCAUUUGUUUACAAUUAUUCUUUUGGCUUAGAACAAAGAAUUUGGAUUUGUCAGCCUUUUUUCAAUGCUAUGACUGAAUGUAAUAACGAUUGAAA